AUGCUAUUGAUUCAGGUGUUUCCUCUUAAUGAAACUCACUCAACUCCUACUUGUUGCACUGAACAGAGCAGUGACGUUGCGAUAGAUCCUUGUGGAGCGAUUUCCUUGAUGAGGAUUAUCUAUAUCUCACACUCAUAUUUUUACGAGGCAGUUUGUACCAUAAUGACGUCAUCACCUACGGUACGUUUCGUCAACGUUACGAACAGCGGAAGUACUAAACGCGUACGUGUUAAUAUUGUCUACGAGCGAGGCCUCGAAACUAAUCUGGCAACGUUAAGCGGGCAAGGAGGUUGGUCUGAUGAUGUGCCGCCUUCGCUCGAUCUUGAAGGAUACGAGGACGAAGUUCCGGAGUGGGGAGGUGCAGAACAGGAAGUUUCUUCUGGUGUGGCUGACUGGGGUGAUUAUGGAGAGCAAGACGGAGCAGGAGCAUGUACAUCUCGCUCCUCGGAGUUAAAUUGGGAGGAAGGCAAAUGCUGCGUUCAAUAUUCUCCGACUAGAGAACUGGAUAAAUCCUUGGCAGAAGGAAAGUUUCAGGAUACGAAAAGUCACUGGGAUGCCAAGGAAUUCGUUCCUGCUGCGGGUGUAGAUGGCUGUAGAAGCAAGCAACAACAUUCGAAUGAGGAGCCUGGAUCACAAUCUGGUCGGACAGCAUUCUGUCGAUUAUGCAAGAUUCAAGUGAAGUCUACUUUGAGGAGGACACACAUCUACUCGCACCAUUUGCAGCAGCCGAUGUAUAAGUGCCCUCUCUGUGAUAUCUCGUCAACAUAUCAUCUUUCAAAUAUCCGUGUACACAUAAGGAAGAUCCACAACGUCGCGAAUGAGCCAGUUUGCUUCAAAGAGAAACUUGAAAAUGACAUAAAUUCCUUACUUUACAGAUGUUUUGGCGACCGCCAGAUUUUUCGACGGCAAGAUCCGGAGGUUAUAACGUGCCUUAAUGAUAUCAUAAACAGUGUUUGCAAUGGCACAUCACUGGAUAUUCGAACAAGCAAAACCACCGCAUCUAGCUUUCUUCCUCUCAGUCAUGUUUCGGCGAGUCAACUAAUAGCUGACGGCGCUGUUUCUAAUACUCCCUUCAUUGAUUCGGCGUUCAGCGUUCGUUCACAACCUCGCAAUACCUGCAGGUUGUGUUUUGAGACCAAUGUGAAACAUCUCGAGCGACAUGUGCUUCAGUAUCAUAUCAAAAAGCCAAUGUAUUUGUGUCCGCACUGUACCUUCAGCAGCUUCUACUCUCCAACAUCAGUGAAAGACCAUAUUAAGACAAGACACAGCUUGUGCAGCCCUGUUCCUAUAGACGUGCGCAAUGAGUAUACUGAACUCAUUCAGUCUGUAUACGAUCAGUGCUUUCUGGAUGAUCCCAACACUUUUUUGAACCGCAUCUUUCUUAGACAGCCUUCCUGA